GUCGCAGACCAGCUGCAGCUGCAUUACUACAAUGCUUCCAUAGGCCAGUACAACCACGGCGAAUUGUGGACUAAUGCGAAUACAUUGGAGGACCUGCACAACCUGAUGUUGGCAACUGGCAGUGACGACUAUGAAAACAUCGCAGAUACCUCGUACAUAGGAAAGGCAGCCUUAGAGCCUAACACAAACUGGACGAAUUUCCUUGGUGGUAGCAAUGAUGAUGCCCAGUGGAUCAUUUUAGCGCUGUGGAAAAUUGCUGACUACAAGUCUGCGAGAGGUCAAGAUAGCAGUGCAUAUAUGUCUAGUGCGGCCAAAAUCUAUGACAUGAUUGCAAGGGAAUGGGAUGACACCUGCGGAGGUGGAGUGUGGUGGUCUACUGAUCACACGUAUAAAAAUGCCAUCACCAAUGAACUGUUUUUGCUGACUUCGGCUGCUGGGUACCUGCGGACGAAGAACGAAACGUACCUUGAAAAUGCGAACCAGGAAUGGUCUUGGUUAUUCGCUUCCGGAAUGCGUGGCCCCAGUGGGCUGUUCAAUGAUGGCCUUGAUUUGAAGACAUGUCAAAAUAAUGGGCAAACCACCUGGACCUAUAAUCAAGCUGUUGUCGCUUCAGGUCUUGCAGCUCUUUAUGCUGCAACGGGCAACACAAGUUUGUUAGAUCAGGCUGAAGUCAGCUUGGACGCAACUAUAAAAUUCCACGGCUCACUCACUGGCAAUGGCAUACUGAAAGAGUCUUGUGACUUGGCGGUUUCUAAUGAUACAACAUGCGACCACGAUCAGCAAAUUUUCAAGGGUAUCUGGACUAAACACGUCCAGUAUUACUUGGACAACGCCGAUGACAUUUCUCGCAUCGCCAAAUACAGCCAUUUCCUUGACUUUCAGCAUUUGGGUAUUGUACGCCACGCGAUCAAUUCUGCGUACGAUGUCGGAUCGGUGUGGUAUACCGCAGAUCAAGGUCAAUCACAGUGGAGUCCAGAGGCCUCAGCUAGUGGCCUUCAGGCCCUCAUAUCUGCUGCAAAGGUACGGCAAUCUAUUUACCUGUCGAGUACUGAAAUUUAUGGGAACGCCAGUACGGUCCAUGCUGGUUGGCAUGAUUUUAUUUCAUUUGGGUCCGUUUGA